ACACAAACUCAGAAGCCAACCGGUUUCAGUUUCGGAAGUACGACCACUGCUUCGACACCCCUGUUUGGGGCUACAACAUCUCAGCCCUCAACAUUUGGUGGUCUGAGCACUGGCUUUACUUUUGGUCAGGCGAAUCAACAGCCGGGUACUGGUGGUCUGUUUGGCAAUCAAAAUAAGGGCUUUCUCUCCAAACCAGCCUGCUAGUGGAGGUCUUUUUGGUAAUAAACCAGCUGGUACCACACAACCGUUAGGAGGAACCGGCUUUGGUGCCACACCAUCAGCAUUUGGCACAACUCCCACCACCAGCACUGGAGGUGGCCUUUUUGGACAGACUAAUCAGAAUAAGCCUGGAUUAUUUUCUGGUUUUGGAAACACGAGCUUUGGCACCACUUCACUGUUUGGCAAUCAGAACCAGCAGAAACCAGGUUUGACAUUUGGAACUCCUGGUUUUGGAACAACGAAUACCAUGGGUCAGGGUUUGGGCACGAGCACAGGUGUCAGUCUGUUUAACCAGGGUACAUCAAACACUGGCAGUAUGGCAAUGGGAUGCCUUGGUACUAGUGCAGGCUUUGGAUUCCCUCAGCAGAAUACUAUGGGUGGAGGAAUGAGCGGAGGAGUAUUUCCCGAUCUUGGCAAGCUUGUAAAAGCUAUGACCGAGAAGCCAAUUUUUGACAUUGCUGUCUCACAUAAAUCUAUGGCAUUUGCAGGUCAAGGCAGCACGUCACCUACAGCUGACCAGAGCAGUCCGAAGUUAACGAGUGGAACUUUGCGGCCUACCUACGUCUUGUCACCUUCACUGUUUGCCAAUAAUAAACCGAGACCAAAGCCCAUAAACAAAAAGCAGUAAUCAAGGAAACAAUCGCCACUGGCUUUUCAAGGGUCUGGAUGAUCCUAAUGAGGAAGCAACUGAAGAUUUCCUAAAGCCAAAGAAAUACCCUAGUGUAAGAAAAUUAAAUUUAAGGGUGUUUGGAGCUGCAAAUUCUGAAUCUUCAUCCACUAAUGAAAGCAGAAACACAACGGCUGCCCCUGCACUUCUCCAUUAACCACGCCAAUAUCACCAUUGGGCGGUGCUACACCACAGCGGCCUAGUCAGCCUCCAUCCCACGAGAAUACUCCAACACCAGAUAUUA